AUGGUGUGUUUCGCUUUCCUCACUCCACCAUACCCAUCUCCCUCAUCUAUCGUCAUAGUCAAGGAGCACCUCAACAUCGUCUUCAUCGGACACGUCGAUGCAGGCAAGAGUACCCUCGGUGGCAACCUUCUCUUCAUUACCGGCCAGGUCGACAAGCGUACGAUGGAGAAAUACGAGAAGGAAGCCAAGGAAGCCGGCCGUGAGACCUGGUACCUCUCCUGGGCCCUGGACUCAACCCCGCAGGAGCGCGCCAAGGGCAAGACCGUCGAAGUUGGACGUGCCUACUUCGAAUCCGAUACCAGGCGAUACACCAUCCUCGAUGCCCCAGGCCACAAAACAUAUGUACCCUCGAUGAUCUCCGGCGCGGCACAGGCAGACGUUGCCAUCCUCGUCAUCUCUGCCCGCAAGGGCGAAUUCGAAACCGGCUUCGAAAGGGGUGGCCAGACGCGCGAGCAUAUCAUGUUGGUCAAGACGGCUGGUGUGUCCAAGGUCGUGAUCGUCGUCAACAAGAUGGACGACCCGACGGUCCAGUGGGACCAGACGCGGUACAACGAGAUCAAGGACAAGAUGACGCCGUUCGUCAAGGCGGCUGGCUUCAACCCCAAGACGGAUCUUACGUUCCUCCCUGUGUCUGCCUAUACUGGCUUGAAUCUCAAGGAUCGUGUACCGAAAUCGACGUGCCCGUGGUGGGACGGCCCGUCCUUCCUCGAGCACAUGGACCAUAUGCCCAUGGUGGACCGCAAGAUCCACGCGCCGCUUAUGGUGCCCAUUUCUGAAAAGUACAAGGACAUGGGUGCUAUCGUGGUUGGCAAAGUUGAAUCGGGUCACAUGCGCAAGGGCGACAACCUUCUCCUCAUGCCAAACAAAACUACCGUUGAAGUCGCCGCGAUCUACAACGAAAUGGAAGACGAAAUACCCGUGGGUCUGUGCGGAGACAGCGUGCGCGUCCGGCUCCGUGGAGUCGACGACGAGGACAUCUCGCCCGGCUUCGUGCUUACCAGCCCGAAUGCGCCCGUCCACGCUGUACGGCGCUUCGAGGCGCAGUUGGCCAUCUUGGAGCACAAGAGCAUCAUUUGCGCGGGUUACACGGCUGUUAUGCACAUCCACACGCUUUCUGAAGAAGUUACGCUACCGGCACUUCUUCACUACUUUGACAAGGCUACGGGCCGGAAAUCGAAGAAGCCCCCUCAGUUUGCAAAGAGGGGUCAAAAGAUCGUCGCGCUCGUCGAGACCAUCUUGCCCGUCUGUGUAGAGCGGUUCACUGACUAUCCCCAGCUGGGACGUUUCACGCUCCGCGACGAGGGCCGCACGAUCGCUAUUGGCAAGGUAACGAAGCUGCUUGAUGACAAGGCUGACGACGUUACCGAAGCUCUUGCGAAUGCUACCCUCGGAUAA